AUGGUUCAGAAUAUUUUUUUCGACUAUGUGUAUUUUGGAAGUGGGAUGGGCUUUGGUUACUCUAUACCUGAACUCUACAGAUCUGUCAUUGAAGAUGUGAUUGAAAGAGUACGGGAUCUAUUUGCUGAAGAAGGUAUAGAGGAACAAGUCUUAAAAGACUUGAAGCAGGAUUCUAAUUCUCAGAUGGAUUUAAACAUUCAGAUAACUGAUUAUGAUAUUAAUGAGAUAAUUCAAAUAGAUGGAACUGGUGAUACAUCCUCCAAUGAUGAAACAGGAAGUACAAGGGAUGUAGAUGAGAAUGAAUUUCUAGGAAUUAUUGAUGGAGGAGACCUGAAGGUACUUGAAGAAGAAGCUGACAGAAUAUCAAAUGGAGAUUCAAUUGCCAACAGUAGUGACAGUGAAGACCCUCAAAUAGACAUUGUGGAAGAGGACCCUUUAAAUUCCGGAGAUGAUGUGAGCGAGCAGGAUGUGCCAGACCUGUUUGACACAGAUAAUGUCAUUGUCUGUCAGUAUGACAAGAUUCACCGAAGCAAGAACAAAUGGAAAUUCUUUUUGAAAGAUGGUGUUAUGUGUUUUGGAGGGAGAGACUAUGUAUUUGCAAAAGCUAUUGGUGAUGCAGAGUGGUAAAACUUAUGAGCUCAAUACAUCAUAAACAUCAGUGGGACUAUAUCAUGUAUUGCAGAACUUAUUUUUAUUUAAAUAUGGUCCACAGAGCUCCAGUUUUUA